GUGAUGCGUUGUUGCCUAACAAGAAUCGAUCCAUCACCCUUGUUGGAUUUAUUUGCAAACCUGCUGACAUUCAAAGGAGUAAGACAUGGCCAAACAGGAGGGUGUACACGUGAUGUAACAGCCUUUCCUCUCCAUGGAAGCAUUUAAAACAUUCAUCUUGAAUGUCAUUCUACCAUUGUGUACAGUAUUUUGAUGGCAUGCAUACAGAUGAAGCAUAUAGUCAGUAUUUAAUAAUCAAAAUGGGCCAAAAAUAUGUCUUUCCAGCUGCAUUAUUUCUUUUGGCACCCACUGGAGAUAAUGAAAAGGCCACAUGUGUCCUUUUUGUUUUUCUCAUUUCAAAGCUGACACACUUUGAUGGAUGUGUAUGGAUCUAGCCUAAACCUAUGGAUUUGGGAGUAUCGGGAUAAUAGAUCAGCCUUUAAAUAACACAUGCCAGUAGGGCCAAUAUAUGGGGAAGCUCAUCCCGUAGCUGUCUGUUGUGAUGGAUGGCAAUGGAGAUCCUCAGAAUGACUAACCUCUAUUGCAAAGUCGCUGCAUGAACAAUGGCCCUUUUCUAGCAUCUUAGCUGUAUGUUGGAGUGUGAACUGUAAGAGCACCGAAAGUACCUUGCAUUGCGAGUGUCCCGCAGCCCUGAGCAAUAAGUACUUUGUAUUGUGAAUGAAUGAAUGAAUGAAUGAUUUGAAUGAGGUUGGACGCUCCAACACAAUGGAAAAAGCUGGAGGCAAUGCAUGUUCUUUGUGGCAUGUUAUCCUUUGUAUAUAAAACCACAUCCUGUACUCCAUGCUACUAUAGAUCUGGUGGAAACGUCACAUUAUUAUGUAAGCAGAUGUUGGAUAUCCUGAAGCUGGCUCCCGAUGAUCUUUUUGAUUUGAUGGUUUGCCUGAAAGAAUCUGAGUGCAAUCAAGCGGCGACGUGAGCGAAUACAGUUUGCACUCAGACUGCUACUGUAUAACAAUAUUAAAGAAAUGUUGAAGAAAAAAGCAAGGUGUGUCUCAAAGUUAUGACCUAGCUUGACUUUUUAGCAGGAUGUGAACAAAUAGCAUGAAAUGAAUUUGGAUUUCAUAAGCACACAUGCUGGAGUGGUUCAGUUAUCAACCCAGCGGGCGUCCUACUGUAGGACGCCCAAAUCACUGUGAUUUGAUUACAGAGCCCUUCAGGACCCUGUUACAAUUAGAUGAAUAUUAAUUAAACCUUGAGGGAGAGCACAGGUGUGGCAUUUGUUGUUGUUGUUGUUCGAGCUCCAUGCAACCUGUCCCUGUGUUUGUACAGUUUUAAUUGUACCAAUUAAUUAGGUCCCACAGUGAGUACCUGCAGCUUAGCUUGAGCCACAUGGCGGCCGCUCCACGUGUUUUGUUCCAUAUCCAGAUUAUGUCAUAUAUGUGCCUAUGCAACUGGGCUCAAGCUGUGACCGAAUCAUAUUAUGCAACCUAAAGAAAAUAUGUCGCAGCUCUUAGUGCUACCCAAGUUUCCUCAACACCAUUUCAAGUACAAUAGCCAUUCUUUUUUUUUUAUCAAGUAUGAAUCCUUAUUUAUGAAUAUAAUAUUUUUGUAGUCCGGGCAUAGAAAAUGUAAAUAUGAAAAAAACACCCCCAUGUGCAUGUCAUGUUGCUAGCUUGUUUGUUGAAAGUUUAUAUUAAAUACUUUUGGUGGGGCGAAUGUGGCCCCCAGGCGGUAGCUUUCCCACCCCUUAUGCAGACUCACAUGAUAGCAUUGGGAGAGCCACACUAUCACCAAGUACAUACUGCCUGUGGUGGCUGUUCAGUGUAACAUUACUGACACCUAGUGACCAGUGUAGAAUACUACUUAACUUUUAUUUAAACGUAUCUUCUGAAUGCCUUAUAUUUGCAUUUUACUGUAGUCUAUUAUUUUAUUCAUUUUUAUUCUUGAAAAUGCUUAGCUGAAGCAAGACAUACAUAUUGCUUAUAUAUGCAUAAAAUUGCUGCCUUUACAAUGGCAAUACUUUUGUUUUAGUUUUGAUUGAUAUUAAGUAGUAAUUUAAUAACAUGUUUACUGUUGUGGUUGUCUUUUGCAGUGGUACCGUGGUGUGAAAAAGUGUUUUUCCCCUUCCUGAUUUCAUUUUUUUUUUGCAUGUUUGUCACACUUAAAUGGUUCAGAUCAUCAAAUUAUAUAUUAGUCAAUGACAACACAACUGAGCACAAAUGCAACAUUUUAAAAUUAAUCUUUUUAUUAUAAAAGAACAAAUAUCCAAACCUACGUGGCCUUGUGUGGAAAAAGUGAUUUUCUUAAAGGUGACUCUAUGAUUGUUAUUUCAAGGACCCUAAUACUGUUAAAAAAUGUAUUUACAAAGAGUUAACAGGUUUUAUAUGCUCUAACCACAAAAAUCUUAAAUUUAUUAACAUUAAAUCCUAUAUUGUGGAAAUUUAAUUUAUUGCAGUCGAGUCUGGAAUCAAAUCAAAACUAAGAAUUAACAUAAGGUGGCAAAAAAUAUUUCAAUAUUGAACAAAGCAAAAUUUGUUCUCAAUCAGAAAUCACUCCACACUCUAUUGCUCUCUGGUUCUACCAUAUCUUAUUGUGUGGAAAUAUGGGUUAAUAACUAUAAAAGCAAUCACUCGUUAAAUGUACUGCAGAAAAGGUCAGUAAGGAUAAUUCAUAAUGCCGCCUACAGAGAACAUACUAACUCAUUAUUUCUAAAAUCACAAAUACUUCAACUUGCUGAUAUAGUUCAUCUUCAAACAGCUAAAAUAAUGCAUAAGGCUAAAAAUAAGCAAUUAGCUAAAAAUGUCAUCCAAUACUUAUCUACAAGAGAGGAGAAAUAUGAUCUCAGGGAAGAAGUACAUUUGAAACACUUCUAUGCUAGGACUACGUUAUGCUAGCCAUAGCAUUUCAGUAUGUGGAAUCAAACUAUGGAAUGGAUUGAGUAAGGAAAUCAAACAAUGCACAACGAUGAGCCAAUUCAAGAAACAAUACAAGCAGUUGAUGUUUGCUAAAUACAAGGAUGAAGAGUCUUGAACCAGUCAUGAUGUGCUAUAUAUAUCACUAUAUUGACAUGCACUAUGGUACCCAUUAUGGCAUUGGAUGCUCAUACCUUGGUACGUGACAAAAAAAAUUAAAAAUAAAAAUACAUAUAUUUUAAAAAAUAAUAAAUUAUAUUAGGAAAGCAGGAAGUGAACAAAUGUAACAGUUAGUGAUUGUAAAAGUACCAGAUGGAGGGGUAGGAUUUAAUAAGCUUUGCUUCUUCCUACUCCUUUUGGACAUGUGGAACUGGGAACUGAUUAUGGGAUGCACUCAAUUGUAAUCUGAUGCAUGUUCAAAUGAAAUAUAACCAAUACCAUUACCAUUACCAACGAACCGCUAUAAACGAGGAACAACAUUAAAGUCACACUGACUUACGAUGGUUAUCUGCUCGAGGCUAAAGGCUUCUUGUUUCCAAAACAAGUCAUCCAUAUGCUUAUCACCUGAUUCAAAUAGUCGUGCGUUUAGGCAUGUAAAUCUGUACUUAACGGCCUCUGUCAUGUUUAGACAUUUAAGUUAUUCUUGAAAUGUAUCUUUUCACAAAAAUCUGUUUUUCAGUUAGGAACUGAUAUUUUCCUGAAACUUACCUAUGUUCUACUGCUGAUUACUAAAGAACAGAAAAAGGUACAAACGAACAUUUUUUCCCCAUGAAAGACGGGAGUCUGUUUCUUGGUAGGUUCCAUGUUUAUUAUAUAGCCAUAGAACAUAAAAAUAAACAAAUAUACCUAAUGUUCACCUAAUGUUGAUUCAGCUCUUGUAUUUGAUGGGAUUUACUGUACCUAAUGUUGUGGCUGACUUGUGUUCAUUUUCCAGUGUUUAAGUCUCUUACUGGCUUACCAGAGUACAUAAGGUCAACCAGUGUUGCCCUCCCCCACCUGGUAAUGGUAAGGACAUGUGCACCACCUUCUGCUUGCAUUGCUUUUUCAUUAUGACAUGAUGAGCACGGAUAAAGACACUGGUGAUGAAUGCGGACUCCAUGCCCCAUGCACAGUCCUCUUACAUAAUGCAAAAGCUUCACCCUGCUCUCGGCGUUUUCCUCUUUCUGGAGAAAAGAAUAUAUGUGGCAUCCAAAGGAGAAAAGUCCUGUGGAGGAGGAGGAGGAGAUGGGGCGGAUCCCUCAAAGUGAGGAGACUUUAUAAAGCCCCCCUUACACAGGCUCAAAUCGCCGCAUGUGAGCCAGCUAAGAGCUGACCGUGGUGCUGAACAUCUUCACCGUCCAUCAGAUGUCCUUACGUGUGAGAUCAGCAUGCAGCGCCAUGACACUGUGCAGUAUUUGUGAAUAAAACAAGUUGACUGAAUAAAAGCGGCAAUAUGAGCAACACAAACUACUGGGUUGUGGAUUAUGACCUCUCGUCCCCGGCCCCACCAAGCUUCGCCAGGGCCCCGACGUUGCUGCAGCCCACGGCGGGACACCCUGACCAGGCCACGGCUCUGUGCUUUGUGGGCCUCCUGGUGCUCCUGUUACUCUUCCUGCUGGUUCGCUGUGUGCGGAUCCUGUUAGACCCUUACAGCAGCAUGCCGGCGUCAUCGUGGACUGACCACAAGGAGGGUCUGGACAAGGGCCAGUUUGACUACGCCCUGGUGUGACGGGAAGACGGAAGCUAAGUGUAUCAUAUCAGUUAGCAGGAAUACAUCAAUGUAGAUCAUUUUGGAACAUCUUUUUCUCUGUGCAGCUCAACCAAAAUGUUUGAUUUUAUCUUUUGAAAUAUUACUGUAGAUUCUGUGUGAAUUGUUCAGGUGAUCCUCAGGUAAAAUUGGAAUAGAGCAAAGCAUGUAGCGUUGAUGGCGUUUUCUAAAAAGUUGCUUUUGUAUCUUCCAUUUGCUUGUCCCUUUAAGAAGCCUAUAAUGCUCACGGUGGAGUUGGACUGUAAUGAAAAUACAACAAUACGUAUAAUAAUAUUUGAACUGCACUGCAUCAUACUAUACCAGGGGUGGGCAAACUUUUUGACUCGCGGGCCGCAUUGAUAUAACAAAAUUUCCGGGGGGGUCAGUCCACCUGGUAUUAUUGUAUCUGUAAAAUUGUCAUGCAAUCUGCUAUUAUUAUUUAUUAUUUUAUAUUUAUAUUUAAAUAUUUUAAAAAUAAUAAAAUAUUAUAAUAAUUAAAAUAAAAUUAAAAUAAUUAUUAUUAUAUUAUUAUUAUGUAAAAUAUGCAAAUAUAACAAUAUUAGUAUAUAUAUUUAAUAUAAUAAUUAGCAUUAAUAUAAUAAAUAUAAUAAUCAUAAUAGUUAUAAUAAUAAUAUAAUAAUUAUUAUUUUAAUUUUUAUUAUUAUUAUGUGCUUGUGUCUUUUUUCAGGAGCACUUUGUAAACAACAGACCAUGUCAAACAACGAAAUUGAUACAACCAUCAAAAGGUUGGCUCAGGCCAUGAUGCCAGGUUGUAUGUUGAGUUUAAAUUAAAUACUUUUGAAAGAUUGGGCGGGCCGUAUUCAAACACUUGGCGGGCCGGAUGUGGCCCCCGGGCCGUAGUUUGCCCACCCCUGUACUAUACUGAGAGCUGUUUCUAGUAUUCAUAACUAAAUACUGCACUGCAUUAAAUGGGACCUGUUAUGCUUUUUCCACCUUUCUGACCUAUAAAUGUUCUUACAAUGUUGACAUUUGGCUCGGAAGCAGGAAGAGGUGCACAAUCUGGAAGAUCUAGAAAGAUUUCUGUGCGGGUUAUCAUGUGCCCUUGCCUUGUAGGAGUCCACAAAAUAGGUCCCCUUUAAAAAAAGAGCAUUUUCUAUAGAGUUGUCAUACUGGAUCUGGUUAGAUAUUAGUAGGUGAUCCUGUAAUCUAAUUCUCUUUGCCUUCAGUCCUUAAUGAGUGCACCAGCUGAAUAUGUUGACUAGUGCCUGUAGGAAGAUGUCACUGCUGCUUUUUGACACUUUUUGUAGACCUCCCCCCCCCCUUGAAGCCCUAUGCAACGUGACCCUGACAGAUGUUUGUAUGGAGUUUAUAAUUGUAAUGAUGAAUAAAAUCU